AUGGUCGAUCCUUGGACCAGCGACAAGUCGCGCCAGAAAAGCUGCAAUGCUUGUGUCCGCAGCAAACGCCGCUGCGACAAGCGAACUCCGCAGUGCACUCGUUGUGCUGAGAGAGGCUUACCUUGUUUUUACCACAGGAACCCCGCGGCAUCUGGUUCGGACAACUCUACCCGACACGCCGUGGAUGUCGACUUCGAAGAUCUUACCAUUGCAACUGAGGAGUCGUCCAUAGUUCCUGGCGCCGUGUUUGAAUUCGACAACCCCUCAAUACGUGGGCCUCCUCUGAUCCAAGAGCUGUUCGCCUCCAGUACUACUGGCGCGGACAACCCUCAGAUGCCGCUCGUCGCCCCAACACCCUCAUUCGACCUGUCCUUUUUCAACUUCGACAACCCCACGAAUUACAUGACAGACACACCCCAAGGCGUUGACAUGCAGCCGUGGCACGCUCUAGCGAUCCAGGACCAGACAAACGAAAGUCGCGAUGUUUCUGAAGACUUCCAACCUUGGAGGCUCUACCAGUCCGACUCCAAGAUCGGCUUCAUGACCAAGUCAAUUAAGGAGAUACCUAGUGUCUUUGUCCGCACUAAGGAGACCCCUUUCCUCCACCGCCACCUCUGUCGUCAAAACACUCCGCGCUCUAUAAUCACCCUGUACGCCGCAGUGUCUGCGUAUGUCGCUCACAGCGACAGCAAUCGUGACUGGGCCCUGCGUGUCCUCUCCGAGGGAGUCGAUGAUCUCAUGGCGAGUAGUCAUCGUCACGUGAUGGCAAAAUCGCACGAGUCGACGACCACUACGGCUCAGGCUCAGGGCCUUGCUGAUGCGGGGACUGGUGCGGCAAAUACAGUCUAUGAAAAACUAGCGAAUACGCAGGCUCUCUGGAUGUACCAGGUUUUGAGGGUGUUCGAUGGGUAUAUCGGGCUCCGCGCCCAGGCAGAGCGGGAUAUGACUAUUCUCGAAGCAUGGCUCUUCGAGCUCGAACAGUACAGAGACAACUUGGCAGAGAUGUGCCUCCUGGAAGAAGCCGAGGUGAGGCAGAGGGCCCCCAAGUCAUGGGAAGUAUGUUGUCUCGCGCCACUUAUCUGCUUUCUACUGGCCACCUCAACUGAUUGA